GUUUUGUCCCGCCUGGCGUUUUCAUUUUAUCUCAUACUAAGCGUGCGCGAGGCGUUUGCAACUUUGCACCGUCCCACGUUCUGCUCACGCCUAUCGCAAGAAAAACCACGGCCCACACCAUGCCUUCAUGAUCCCAACGGACUGACCAUACAACGACAGUGCCCUAUCACUCUUUACUACCACUUACCAACAGUCAUGGUCGUUCCAGACGUCGAGGCCUCGACUUUAAAUAUCCCCCCUCAUGCCUCGGGGGCGUCCAGCACACAGAGUCUAAUCGAAGCUGCGGAAUCCGUGCUUGUUUCUCGUCUCGCUAUUCCGCCCACCCCACAGGAUGCGCCUAAGACAGGUGAAGGCGAAGAUACCUUGGAGUGGCAUGAGGUCAUCGAACUACAAGCAUUCAGUGAGAGGAAAGCUUGGAUAGAGGAUAAGAUAAAGCUGCUCGAACAAAUGCCGCCCAUCGAGGUCUUCGCCGGGAUGGACGCUGUGCGUUCUUCUGCGGAGACUACAGAAGGAUUGCCCUCCAGAGAGGAACUGCAGCAAUGGGUAAUUGAACACGAUAAGAUCGAGAAGGAAACAGAAAUAUUUGACUCCGGAGAACUAAAGAAGUUGAAGAAAUUCACUAAAGCGGCUGCGUCACGAAAUCUCUCUCCUGCAGACACGGACCUUAUUGAAUUGACCCUUACGACCAUAUAUGAACUCGACAAACUGAUGCGUCUCCUGCGGGACAGGUCGGACAACUUAGAACUCCUUAGUGUUAGACUUACCUGGGAAGAACGGCGCAUCAGCGCUUGGGUGGAGCUUCGAAACAUGCUUGCAGACAUCAAGCAGUUCUUGAGCAAUCGUGCGCGAUGGUCUCCCGCCAUUUACGACCAAAUGGAGGAUCCUAGUAAAGAUGAAGAACCUAAUAGUUCCUCUGCUCCCCUAAGACGAAAAGGUUCCACGGUGUCCCUUGCUUCAGUUGCUUCAGAAUCCCAAUCUUCCCCCGCCGCCUUUUCAAGAAGUGCUCGUUACAAACUAUCUGAAUUGCUGUCCAGGGACGCGGCGCAGUAUGCCAGCCGGGUGUCUUCGCUCAGACAUAGUAAAAUUAAUCCUGCGGGCAAGACACUUGACAGACUGAUCGACGAUAGUCGAAGACCUGUCCCCGAAGAAUUGUUAGACGAACAGGACAGACUAGAGGAUAAAGGUAUCAACGAAAUGGAAGACGUCGGCAAGUUCAUUAUGAAUGUUGUCAUGCAAUGGAAGAAAGCUGAUGAAUUCUUCGUUGAAACCGCAAAGGAUAGGUCAACCGCUCAAGCCCUCUUGGAAGAGAUCGAGUUUGCAUCUGUUCGUCAUCCUACCGCUCGACAGGAUACGUCAUUCAUCUCCCGAACGAACUCCUUGAUGAAGCGGCUGGAAAUGAGAGGGGAUCCAUCAUCGUCUGCCGCUUCUUUUCCUUGUCCCUCGCAUCCAUUGUUCCCGGAUCAAAUUGACUUCAACGAAUCUCUACUCGAGCUCCUGUCAUCAGAGCUUCGAUCUGCCUCUGAACUUGCCACAAGGGCCGAACUAUCCGCCAAGAGAUACCACGCUGAUUUGGAAGCAGCCCGUCGCGUCGAGACGCUUUGCAAGGCCUCAUCAGAGCUUUCCGCGCAGUUAACUUCGUUCAUCGCACGUUUCGAAAAAGGCGAUAAGAACAGCACCGGCGAUGGAACUCCCCCAGAUCUUUCAUCUGAAGACUGCCUUCAGACCACACGUCAUUCACUUUUCCUUGCCUUACUGCCAUCACUAUCGGAUGGAGUGGAAAAGGCAGACGUCGAAGCUUCUAAAGUGCUUCAAAGCGCCUAUCUGGCCCUUUCGGAUUUGAAUCAUUCCGGUGUAGACCCACAAUUCGUCAUCGAUUCAAAGGCGCAAGUUGAUAACCUGGCCGCGACUCGUGAGCAGCUAGCAGGAAUCCGCAAAGUGGUAACAGGUCGUGUAACAGUUCUUCGCGAAGUGCGUCGCAUCUGGACCAAUAUGGAAGCGGUCUUCAAUGAACUAGAAACUAGUCGUCAGGAAUUGUCGGAAGGCAUUGAGCAGUCAAUGUGGAAACCUCAGUCCCAUCAUGAUGCUGCUCUUCUUACCCCAGAAAGCUCCAUCGCUAGCUUGCCUCCGCCCGUCGAAAUCCCGGAUACGUCUUCGCGUUUCGAGCACAUUAGUUCGCAACUGCAGGUCGAUGUUUCCCUGUUGGUGUCAAGUUCGAUCGAAUCCCGUCUGAAAAGCUACCUUGAAGAUUCAUCUCAGCAGUUAGCCUCCUUUUUCCAGACUAUACGAUUAUUGGCAUCUCUUAUGGACUCCGUCCGCAACCAAGCCUCGGCUAUGACAUUCCUACAGGAAGAGGUCAACGACCUUCAACUUCGCAUAGAGGAUUUGAGAAGUAGGUUUGAAGUCGGCACACAGGAUACACUCUCAGGCCGACUCUCUGGUGACGAGCUAGUUGUUCAGCAGGCAACGCUAGACGCUGACCUCUCCCUACUUCACGACAAUCUUCGUUCCUUGUUGGAUAGCUUUUCGCUUCGCGUUCCUUUCAUUGCUAAUAGCCAAGUAAAUGCUAAGUACAACCCCCAUUCGAGGCGGCCAUCUUUGUCGGCAGGCUUCAGUCUGGAAGUCCUGCGACAGUGUGCCUCGACCGGUUUGGCUGUUGACCCCGUAGCCAUUGAUCGAACUGUCCGCGCAGAUUGCAAUGCGUUCAGCAUCCUUCUGUCGGGAGCUGAGCAAUCUCUAUCUCAACAUGCUGCUCAUUUCCGCUUAGCGAAAGUGGCUCGAGCAGUGGAUAUCGCCACACAAUCUCUCAUGGACCAUAUACAUCGAAUAGAGGCCAAUCUAUCCUCGUUGCAACAAUCGGCCGAGGAUCGUCCGACCAUCGCGAAGCUGGAGACUCUCACAGACCUUUCCGAGUCAUUGGCUACAUUAGCUAGUGGCGACAUCGCGGCCCACGCCUCCUCCCUAAUUUCAGCCCGGGAUGAGUUGCGCUCUUUGAGCGACCAGGCUUCAUCUUUGGAUUCUGCCACUCGUGCCUCUUUGGUGGCUGGCAGACAGCGGGAUCUCGAUGAUGCGGAGUCUCGGUUCAACGAUAGCAAGUUCAAAGUUGAAGAACUGACUCGACGCAUCUCGAAUAUGCGGGCGGAGAUUGCACGAGAAGAAGAGACUCGCGCGCGGGAGGAAAACGAGCGAUUAGCUCGGGAGGCUGCAGAGAAGGCGGAGAAAGAAAGACUUGCAGCACAACAGGAGGCGGAAGAACGACUUCGUCAAGAAGUUCUGGCUGAACGCGAACGGUUUGAGAAGGCUACUCGACUAGAAGCUGAGGUAAUCCAUGUGAACACCUUGCCCGCUGUCGAAGAAGAUGUGUUUGCCGCGCAGACAUCAGUUUCUCCGCAGAGCUUAACCCAGGAGCUAUCGUCUCUUCAAGACCGCAUUUAUUCGCUACGAACUCGUCUGCGAUCCCUAGGCAUCAUGGACCUCUCUCGGCCAAGUAGAAAUGGCAGUCUCCCUACGCCAGAGCAGUGCAAUACUAUCAACGAACAGCUAACGGACAUAGCGGACGAAACAGAGAACCUUCCUUCUUCCGUACCCGACAAUGUUGCUAUCGAUACCGAGCUGCACUCUCUGCGAGUGGACGUUGAGAAUUUAUUGAAAUCGAUGAUCCGUGUUAACCUGUUGGCUAAACUGAGGGCUGCUGUGGAGAAUUGUGAUAACGCCCUCAGUGAUCUUCUCGAACAUAUCGACAGCUAUCCAUCUCCGCCAACGGGCGUCCUGUCGUCAUCCUACACUUCGGAUACUACCCAACCUUCGGAGGCACAGCUUGAUGCCCGGCUCUCGUUCACGGAAGGGCUCAUCAACGAUAUGACUGCAAUCUAUGAUCAAGUGAAGGACGACCCUCGAGCUGUCUCCGAACAUGAUCGACUCUUGCAGACGUGGGGCGAACUACAAGCCAUGGGUCAAGACCGGCUAAGUGGACGAAAGUCGAGACCUGCGAGUGUGAUGAGCUCAGGGAGGAGUAGUAGAGCGUCGGCUGCAGCCGCUGCCACCACCAAGAAAUCGGCUGGAUAUUCAAAGCUGUCGUCUGGGUCUCCUGGCGGACAGCUCCUUGCACCCCCACCUCGUAGUACUCGCAGAUCUUCAUCUGGUGCAUCAACGCGCCCGCCACCUAGUCGUUCUUCAAGUCGAAUGUCCGUUGCAAGCAAUCGUUCAGUAUCGGGUCCCAUCCCUACAGCUACUUCCAGGUUGUAUCAGUCAACAUUCGCAUCUCGCCAGCGGACUACCAGCGUUACGUCCACUACAUCCGCAGGAACACCAACUGCGAAACCUGCGCUCCCUCGCACAUCCCGCCCACGUGCCCGGACAAACGAAGUGGCACGGACGGCGUCGCCGGCCUUUUCUGACAUUUCUACGUUUUCUCUAUCUCGUCCCAGCCUGAAUGUCUCCCGUUCAUCACAGUCUACAUGGGCUCGUGCCCCACGGGAGUCUUUUCCCUCAUUCCCGCGGUCACCUCCUCUCCGUGCCACAACACCCAAUUUAAGGAAACGCUACGUACCCAACCCCAAGAACAAGCUCGAUGUAGCUGUCGGCGAUGUCGUCAACAAGCUGCCAAUGAACGUGAACAUCAACAUCGAAGUUGUAGCUGACACUUGGAAAGAUCAGAGCGGCAAGUAUUGGAUAGGUGAUCAAGAUCCCAAACUGUGUUUUUGUCGCAUCUUACGUUCUCAGACUGUCAUGGUGCGAGUAGGUGGUGGAUGGGCAGAGCUGUCAAAAUUCAUCAAGGACCAUUUCGCUGAUGCAUUCCGCCUGCUCCCUGAAUCCCCGCCAAGGGCACGGAUAAAGGAAGAAAAGUGGAUAAGUUCUGCCACAUUAGCUCAAGCAGCUGCAAGACGGACGCCUGACUUACCUGCGCCUCCUCGGACACCAGAACCGUCGACCUCCAUCAUUCCCUCUUUCGCUUUGUCUACACCCAGUGGCAGAAGUCCGCAGGGCAUCAAUGCUUCCCCGUCCCCAGGAUCGCCACUUACUGCGAUGCAAUUUAUUCGCCGUGCAGAUAGAGAAUCGCCCGCUUUCCGGUCGGAAACACCAACGAAGUCUUCGCACUCUGCUGUUGUUCCAUCUGUACUUACAAGGGCGCCGGCUUGGCGCCCAUGAUACCUGUUGUUGUGUUUCUUGCUUUCGUGUAUACCUGCUUUCCCGCAAAUUGUCUCCUGCUCAUUCGCGGACCAUAGCAUCCGUCUGACUCUCGUUCGCUAACACUCGUACAUAUACUAUGCCUGGACAUAUAUUUACCGUCGCCCAUUAUUUAGUUUUAGUUCAUUAUGAUUCUUCCCCCGCAUGUACGCUGUCUGUAGGACAUUUCACGUCUGGGCUUAUUCGAGAUCUCUUACAAUAUUCGUACUUCGUCUUUCUGCUGGAUAUGAUUGUCUCUACCUUUAUGAACCCUGCUACACUC